AUGGGAAUUUUAAAAGGAAAAGAUAUUGCAUUAGAAAAUGUUGAAAAAUCGAAAUUAGCCUUUUUAGCAACAUUAAUUAAUGUUGAAAAAGGCCCAUCAAAACCUACAAUGCCACCAAAGGAUCAUUUUACAUUAAUAUUUGAUCGAGAUUCAAUUAGAAAUUUAAAAGGACGUGUUUAUGAAAAUAUGAAACAAUAUACAUAUGAACAACUAGGUGAAAGUCUUCCUGUUUUUAUAAAUGAUAAAGAAACUGAAGAUACUGAUGGUAAUCUAAUUAAUCCAAUAAAACCAGAAGUUCCAACAGUUGGUCGUCAAUAUAUUGCUUGUAUUUGUGAUGAUCUUAAAGUAAUUGAUUAUCUUAUUGAUAUUGAUUCGAGUGAAGUUGAUGAUUUAAUUUUAAUAGCUAAUUCAAGACGAAGAUCACUUAUUUAA